AUGCAAGAAUUGAAUGACUUAAAGUUUUUAACAAAUCCAAACUAUUUUCACUGUUUAAGCGAUUUAAACAAAUUAGACAAUUAUUAUCAAAUGAACAAUAGCAGUGUAUUUAAUGUUAAUAAACAUAAUCAAGCUAAUGAAGACAUACCUGUGACCAUAUUUCCAUCUAAAUACAUUAAUUCAGAUGAAUUUUUCAAAGAAACAUUAAAACUUGGUCAAUCCUCAUCAGAGUUAACUCCGUCUGAGUCCAUUCAAACUUACUUAAUGAAUACAGCUCUAUGGAAUGCAUUAAAUUUAGAUCAAUUUAAACAACAAUGUUAUAAUCCAAAUGAACAUACACUGAAUGAAAAAAACUUAUCUCAACAGAUGAAUAUCGAUACAGUUAAAGACUUUACAAACUAUAAUUUUGAAAAACGUAGGAAAUUAAAUGAGCAUUAUCCAUCUUCUAGUCUUAAUUCUUAUUAUUUGGAUUCAAAUUAUGAUAAUAAAACUGAAUAUCAGUUAGAAAAACGGAUACAUCAAACAGUUCAUGAUCAGUAUGAAAAUCAACCAUUGAAUAAUAUAAAUAAUUAUACUGGUAAAUAUAUGAGCAACUCACAAGUAAACAAUAGUACCAAUAGUGAUACUUUGGAGAAAUAUCAAUCGGUAUCAAUACAAAAAAUGACUGAUGGAGAAAUCAUCAGUCAAUUUAUUUGUCCAGUAUGUCAAAAUGAAAUCAAACCUGAUGAUUUAGAAAGCCAUUUCAAAUUUGAAUUGGAAAAAAUGCAAAAUUUCACGAUCAAUUUACCGAUAGAACAAAUAUCUUCAGAUAAAUUAGAGUCACCUAAAUAUUCUCAGUCUAAAAUUGAUAAAAUAAACAGUGAUUCAAGAUUUGAAAUAUUUAAGAAAGUUGAAAGAAAUAGAAAAGAAAGGAAAGAGAAAUAUUUCAAGCAUCCUUUUUUAUUAAAUCCAUAUACAGUGCAAAAUGAAAUGUCAAAAUAAUUACAAAGAAUCCUAACAAGAGCUCUUUAGUAAUGAAGAUAUGAUUUGGUAAUCAAUCCUAACUUCACAACAAUACAUUAUGAG